GGCUCCCGCGCCGCUGGUCUAUGACUGGUGCUGCACGGUUCAAAAAGAGCUUAAACAAUUAGGCAAAAAACCAAAGUUAAAUCUCUCCCACCAAAAAAUGGUGUUUCGGAUGAGUGAAACGAAAUACAGCGCGCCAGGUGAAGUCCUCCGUGUUUGGUCACUUUGUGACUUUUGGAGGUCGCUCUUUUUUGCUCUGGGAUAAAGAGGGGAUAUAGAACUUUGGGUUGCUAUGGCAACCGUUCAUAAAUAAAAUAUAUUUUUAUCCAGAAAAUUUCUUUAAAAAUGCCAAAAUUCUUUUCCAAAUCAACCUUUAUUUUCAAUUUAAUAAUAAAUUUUCUUCCAUCAAUUAAAUCGUUACAAUUCGAAUUAUUACCCCAAGAAUUUUAUUUGCCCUUUAUUGAUGUUUUAAAAAUUCAAAAAGUGAAUUUUCUACCAAUUAUAAAAUAUCAAUUAAAAAAUAAAGAAGAGGAAUAUUUAAAUUGGUUAAAUGAUCAAAUUGAAAGAGAAAUUGUUGAGGAAGGCAACAAAAAUAAUUUUAAUAAAAAUUUUGAAGAAUUUUUAGAAAUUUCAGAGGGGAUAUUAGUGUCUAGAAAAAAUCUUCUAAAAUUUCAAAAUAAUUUUUUAACCAAAAAUGAAGGAUUUUUAAAUAAUUUUACUUGUGAAGCAACACAAAAAUUAAUAGAAGAUAGUAAGAGAACUUUUUCUGUAGCCUGUUUAGAUGAAAAUAAAAUUCCAAAAAUAAUUAGAAUUAAUUCUUGUAAUGAAAAUAAUGAGGAAUGUGGUGAAAUUGAAACAAGGAGUAGAUUUGAAUUGAAACGAGGAAGAUUCCAUUGCCCUUCUGGUAUAUUUUUUUUGUUUAAAAUCAUGAGUUUUUGA